GCCAAGCAAAGUACAGCUGUAAACCACAACACCACAACCUCAUCCAUCCUCAUCCGUACCGGUACUGGUACCAGUAACGAGCCAAAACUCAAAGCUUGUUGAAGGAAGGAGUUAUACUAGCUAGUACAGUAGUACAUACCAGUACAUUCAAUUCAGAACAACGAUGCCCGCUGGAGACGAAGGUCCCGAUGAACUUCCCAAGGUUCAUCGGGUGAGGAGUACUCAAUCGAUUGCGAGUCCCAACACGCUGCAAAUGCUGUCUGAGUUUUUGAUGGACGAACAAGAGAGACGGCAGAGCCUGAGAGAGACACACCAUUUGGGAACAACAUGGAAGGACUUGCAGAACGCCUACGAGACAGUGGCUGCCUUUGAAGAUCCUGGAAUCGCAGCGGGUGGUUAUGACACCUUUGAAGGUCCACAAGGAGGAGCUGAUGUAGGAUCCUCCGCGUUUAGCGAUGUCCAGAAAAUUGCCAUGAGAGCUUCGCAGAUGCUCUCUCCCGAGUCUCUAAAGAAAAAGAAAGAGCGCAAAAAGAAACGAAAGGACAAAAAAGAGAAAAAGGAAGCAAAGAAACACGCAAAACUACAAGCCAAAAUGAUGAUGGGUCAAGAAGGAAGUCGGAGAUUCUAAUAACAAAACGAAGAAAAGAAGUGUUCAAUUCAAGCCAAUUCACAACGCAAGCAAUGAGACAGAAAAUUCUGCACAUUAGAUGGGAGAGGAAAAGUUCGGAAUCUAAUCCUUGUCCAGGUGAGCCUUCAUCAAUCGUCAAAAUACAUCCAUUCAUAAAAAAAGUCCACGACGUUGGAGAGCUGUAACUUGUGAGCCGUUUGAAUUUUAAAGAAGGGAAUAUCAGAUUAGAUCCACUGAAGACAGGUUUGAUGACGGCAGGUUUUUCCUCCGCUUACUCCGCAAUCCUUUGGAUGCAACAUGGACAGCAAUUGUGUAUAAUGUCUUCCUCCAUUGUUGCUAGUAUAAGGAAAAUGCUUUUACCUUGAAAACUUGUAUAUGGCUUACAGGGAACUCAAUGUUUCAUACUUCGUUAUACA